GCAGAAGCUUUCUGCUGAACCCGGAAGUGAAGUCUGUGUUGUGUUCUGUGUUGUGGAGGGAGUUUUGAAAAACGGUUUUAAUUUUCUUUACACUAGACUUUAUCUUUACUAACCCGAGUUUAAUAUCACAGCACAGUGUUUAUUCACUGGAGGUGACAAACAUGGACAGUGCACUGAUGCAAAUGAUCCCACCCCCGCUCCCUCGAAGCCCUGCCCCUGCCCCACUCCAGUGUCCUGAACUGGACCUGUCCCUCACUCUGACCCCAGAGAGACCGGGACACUCAGCAGUAGCUCUGAAGAGAGGAAACAUGCGGACACGCCCACGGCAGGUGCGUUUCGCUGUGAGUCCUGACUCCUCCUCUGACCAGCCUCCUGUUACCAUGGCGAUUACACAACACUACAGUAACCAAUCAGCAGCUGAGAAACAACACAGGAAAGGAAAACAAGGUCCACACACAGGGGAACAGGGGGGCGUGUCUGCUCAGAGUGAUGGACAGGUGACAGAAGGGGUGUGGCUAAACACUACACUAGCCCUGAAGGCGGAGCUACAGCAGCUGGAGGAGGCGGAGUUUAACUUCAAGAAGGCCGUGCAAGAGAGACUGCAGAACUCAACUACUGUACAAGAGUGUGUCAGAACCCGAGCGGCUGAGGGUCUGAACUUUCCACGCUCUCACCAUCUCUAUCGUGCUCUUGUCAGCGUCAGUCUGUCACAUGAUGAACUCAUCGCUGAGGCCUUGCGUGACAGGCCAGCUUUAGCCCUGCCCACAGCCAGCCACCACACAAAGUCCCACUCUCCUCCAGCAGAGGGCCCUGACCUGCUUUUCUUCUACGAACCUCACUGUGUUGUCAGGGAGACGCCCCUGUUGCCAGGCAACCGCAUCCCUUUACCCCAUCUACGCCCGGCCCCCAGACCUGCUCACACAACCUUUCACCUACUUCAGAGACAUCGGCAGUGGGAGGCAUGAGCUCAGCUAACGUCACUUCCUGUGGGCGGAGUCUAAUUUAUGUACUGUGUGUGUGUGUGUUAAGUGUACAGUGUGUAUAACUUCAGUAAUUAAUAAAUGCUUAUGUGGAGAUGUGGCUUUUCGGUUUCCUUGUUCAUG